AAUGUCAACAGAUCAGAAACGCUUGGUUUUAAUUCUCCCUCUGUGAUUGGUUAGCUGAAUGACGCGCUCGCUUAUUGGUUGAGCGCGUGCUGUCGGAAACUGACAGCGCUCAAAAGCGCUCGGCGCUCACGCAUAUGUGCAUUGACUCUGUCAGAGAAGACACUUCUACCGCUGGAGCGUUUAUCAUUGAUGUGGACUACUUUAUCAAUCUUGUACAUUUUAACACAGUCAGGGAAAACUGACAAUAUACUACGACCGAAGUCAGCAAACGAAAACUAAACAUGAAGAAAGUUAUAUAGAGAUUUCAAGCUUCACAAGGAAGCACAGAUUGUCGUUGUCAAAAAAUGAUGUUAUUCCCCUUAUGGACCACAACAAUCCCUUUCAAUCAUGAACUUGAAGUGGGGGAUGCAUGACCAGAGUUUGGGCCAGGAAGUGACUCGUCUCAUUUUCCUGUUCCCACAAUCUGUCCGGAUGCAUCCUGAGUACAUCAUACUUCGACUAUUCUCCCCUGAGAUGAGCUUAUGGAUCGUGGAUUUGUUUUUCUCCCCCUCGUUGUGUGCAGUCGUUCUUGUGAUGGAUCCAAACUACUGGGAUAGCUCGGGUCAACUCGGGACUUGUUUGAUAUCCCUGCUCCAAGUGUUGCUUUCCAAGACCAUUAUUUUUCCUGGACUCAACACUAUGGUUGUGUCCAAACAUUGAAAAAUCGUGUACCAAUCCAACUUUUGUUGGCAGUACCUCUACUGUCUGUAAUAUCUUGCUCAAAGCUAAAUUGAUUCAUGACUGUCCGUUAUUUUGAAUGAUUGUGAAAAAGUUUGUAUGCAAAUCAAAUCAAAUAUAAUCCAUCAAAAUAACGAAUUUUUUGAUUUCUCUUUUCUCCAGCUGUGUGUUCGCAACUCCGGUGACUGUUUCCGGGACCAGAUGCGAUACAUGAUGAGAUCCCUGCAGGAUCUAAAGCAGAUAAGAGAACCCGCCGAUCAACCAAAAUGCUCUUAUGUGACCCGAGCCCAACAAAAAAGGGUACAACAGCGAGAACACCUCAGCCGCCUGCGGAUGUCCGACGUCAGCGAUGCUAGCACCUACGAUUCGGCCUGCUGCUUGGCCAGCCCUUUGGAGGAAGAAGAAGAUGAAGCUGCCGUGGGCCAUCUGCCUCAGGGAUCCCCCAGCAGUGUAAAAAGUCUGGAGUUUGAUUCCGGGUAUUCAGAAGCAUCGUGGCAGGAUGAGGGCGUCGUGUUGAGACGGACGAGGAACGUACGAGUUUCAUCAUCUGCGUGUGUGCGUACCAACCGAAUCCGACCCAAAUCGACAUCGGACGCCUGCCUUGAGCGCUGGACUUCGUUUGAGGCCAGCGAUCCUGAGGACUGGACUACGUCUUUGUUAACCAGGGGGCGUAAUAGGCAACCUCUGGUUCUUGGGGACAACAGCUUUGCGGACCUUAUUAAAAAUUGGAUGGACCUUCCGGAAUGUCCAGAUUCGGCCGAACUCAAACCAAACGUCAGACGUAAAAUAGCUAAGGACUUUUUGGUUAACAUGCGGAGGAAACUAACAGGGAUGUCAAAGGGAAUAGAGGAGAGGGGGAGAGCUGUAGAGCCGUGCUUUAAACGCAUGUCGUGCCCUGUUGGCUUUCAGCCUCCUAAACCAUUUUUUCACCAGUCCCACACAAGUUUGCACCAAGCGGGAACGGACUUUUACCAGUUCAGUGCUCUUAUGAAGACAGGAAGUCGACAGCCAAUCAUUUGCAAUGACAUCAUUGGAUAUAUCUGAGGGGUUUGUUAUAUAUAAACGCACUCAACCUCUCAGAUUGCUUGGAAUAUCCUAUAAUAGGAGAUUGUGGACUUUUUCAUUUUCUACAGUAUGCUUGUAUUUGUUAAUAAAUAUUGCCAUGAA